AUGCCUAGCCAUCAAUGUCACCAGAAUAUUUCUGACUUCAAUCUCAUCGCAUUUGACCAAACGACUCGACUCCGGGCGGAUCUCUCAUCCGGCAAUCUGGAAGGAAUCCGCUCUACACUUUCCGAAUUACGAUACAGUCUCAAUGACGAGACCCUUCAAGCAAAAGCGGUGCCUCUACUUCGUGAGGCACUCGUUCUGAAAGCCACCAUAAACGCAUCAUACCAAACUUUAGAAGUGUUCCUUGCCCACGGAUGGGACAUCAACGCGCCGGUUGACUCCAACACUCCCGCAGCUCUCACAUUCUCCUUCUACGAUUUCAAGUUGACACAGUGGUUCCUUGCCUAUGAAGCGGAUCCUAAUCGCCGAUGUUAUGAGCACACGGAUCAGCCACCAUUGUCCGUCGCUUUGGAGAAGGCACCAUUCGCCAUUAUCGAUCUUCUUCUCGACCAUGGUGCAUCUUUGCAGCAUGGCCAAGUGAUACAUUAUCCGGCAAUGCGUGAAUUGGAUGAUCGGUUAGAAGUUCUCCAGUAUCUCUUAGACUGUCAACAUCCGUUAAACGAUAUCACGUAUCAAAAUUGUGGUGAUGAAUAUUACUUCCAUAUGUAUAGUAGCAUAGGUACUCCGCUUCAUUAUGCCGCCGGCAAAGAGCUAUUGGAUUCUGUCACGUUCUUGGUCCAGCACGGCGCAUCGAUCGAGAUCAGAGAGCCUCUGGGUUAA